CUGCCGCUGCUGCUGCUGCUGCCGCGGCCGCUGCUGCAUCGGGAAUUAUGGCGCAAGUUGCAAUGUCUACAGUAUCAGUUGAUGACGAAGAAUCUUCAGAGAGCAGAAUGGUGGUCACAUUUCUCAUGUCAGCCCUUGAGUCAAUGUGUAAAGAACUUGCCAAAUCGAAGGCAGAGGUAGCCUGCAUUGCUGUGUAUGAGACAGAUGUGUUUGUUGUGGGUACUGAACGAGGACGGGCUUUUGUCAACACCAGGAAGGAUUUUCAAAAGGAUUUUGUAAAAUACUGCGUUGCAGAAGGGGAAAAGGCAGCAGAGCUUCACAAGAUGAGAGCCACAUCCCACCCGAAUAGGACGACUGUUGAUGCUGUUGAGAUCGAAACUCUUAGAAAAACAGUGGAGGACUAUUUCUGCUUUUGCUAUGGAAAAGCUUUAGGCAAAUCCACAGUGGUACCUGUUCCAUAUGAAAAGAUGCUGAGGGACCAGUCAGCUGUUGUGGUGCAGGGACUUCCUGAGGGAGUAGCCUUCAAACACCCAGAGAAUUACGAUGUCACCACACUGAAAUGGAUUUUGGAGAACAAGGCAGGGAUUUCUUUCAUCAUUAAGAGACCUUUCCUGGAGCCAAAGAAGCAGCUGGGUGGUCGUGCAUCUGACUCAGAACGAUCGAGAAUAUCAUCCCCAGGUGGAAGCUGUCCUAUAAAAGUGAAAACUGAGCCAACUGAAGAUUCUGGCAUUUCUUUGGAAAUGGCAGCUGUGACGGUGAAAGAGGAAUCGGAAGACCCCGACUAUUACCAGUACAAUGUGCAAGCAGGCCCUUCUGAAACUGGUGGUGUUGAUGAAAAACUCCCCCUUUCGAAGCCUUUUCAAGGAAGCCAUCACUCUACGGAGGGCAAUGAAGGAACAGAGAUGGAAUUACCAGUGGAAGAUUCUACCCAGCAUGCCCCUUCAGAAACAAGUGAGGACCCUGAAGUUGAGGUGACUAUUGAAGAUGAUGACUAUUCACCACCUAGUAAGAAACCAAAGAACACUGAGCCAGUCAAUGAGGCGGCCAAUGCUGGAAAAAGAAAAGUGAGGGAAUUCAAUUUCGAGAAAUGGAAUGCUCGAAUUACUGAUCUACGAAAACAAGUUGAAGAAUUGUUUGAAAGAAAAUAUGCUCAAGCUAUAAAAGCCAAAGGCCCGGUGGCCAUCCCUUACCCCCUCUUCCAGUCCCAUGUUGAGGACUUGUAUGUGGAAGGCCUGCCUGAAGGAAUUCCUUUUCGAAGACCAUCUACUUACGGAAUUCCUCGUCUGGAGAGGAUAUUGCUUGCAAAAGAAAGGAUUCGGUUUGUGAUUAAAAAACAUGAACUUCUCAAUUCAACACGAGAAGACUUACAGCUAGAAAAACCAACUUCAGGAGUGAAAGAAGAAUGGUACGCCAGAAUCACCAAAUUAAGAAAGAUGGUAGAUCAGCUGUUCUGCAAAAAAUUUGCUGAGGCCUUGGGAAGCACUGAAGCCAAGGCUGUGCCUUACCAGAAGUUUGAGGCGCAUCCUAAUGAUCUGUACGUGGAAGGGCUCCCGGAAAACAUUCCUUUUAGAAGCCCAUCCUGGUAUGGGAUCCCCAGACUGGAAAAAAUCAUUCAAGUGGGCAACAGAAUUAAGUUUGUAAUCAAACGACCAGAGCUGCUGACUCACAGCACACCGGAAAUAACUCAGCCUCGAACUAAUACUCCAGUGAAAGAAGAUUGGAAUGUGCGAAUUACUAAACUACGAAAGCAGGUGGAAGAGAUUUUUAAUUUGAAAUUUGCUCAAGCUCUUGGACUUACUGAGGCCGUCAAGGUCCCGUAUCCAGUCUUUGAAUCCAAUCCUGAGUUCCUCUACGUGGAAGGCUUGCCAGAAGGAAUCCCCUUCCGAAGUCCCACCUGGUUUGGAAUUCCGCGGCUCGAAAGGAUUGUCCGUGGAAGUAACAAGAUCAAGUUUGUGGUUAAAAAGCCAGAGCUGGUUCUUUCCUAUUUACCUCCUGGAAUGGCCAGUAAAGUCAACACUAAAGCCUUGCAGAGCUCCAAGAGAGCAAGGAGCCCUGGCAGCAACUCCAAGGUGCCGGAGAUCGAGGUGACCGUGGAAGGUCCUAAUAAUAAGCCACAAACUACAGGUGUUCGAACUCCGACUCAGACCAAUGGUUCCAAUACUCCCUUCAAGCCUCGAGGGAGAGAAUUUUCAUUUGAGGCCUGGAAUGCUAAAAUUACAGACCUCAAACAGAAGGUGGAAAAUCUCUUUAAUGAAAAGUGUGGGGAGGCUCUUGGCCUGAAGCACCCUGUGAAGGUGCCGUUUGCGCUGUUUGAAUCUUUCCCCGAAGACUUUUACGUCGAAGGCCUACCGGAGGGCGUGCCGUUUCGACGACCAUCAACUUUCGGCAUUCCAAGACUGGAGAAGAUUCUCAGAAAUAAAGCCAAGAUCAAGUUCAUCAUUAAAAAGCCUGAGAUGUUUGAAACUGCCAUUAAAGAAAGCACUUCCAAAAGCCCUCCAAGAGGCUCUGCAGUGUUCUCGGGCUUGAUGAAAUCUCCACAAUGUCACCCACAAAAAGGACCAAUCUGGAGGACUUCACCAUCUAUAGGGAAUCCCUCUUUGACUUCGGACCCUGCGCUGGAUCUCCUCCAUAACUCUGGAAAAAUGAAUUCAGCCAAUGUCACCACCACAGCUGCAGGGGUGGAAGACCUCAACAUCAUCCAGGUGACAAUUCCAGAUGAUGAGAGUGAAAGACUAUCAAAAGUGGAAAAGGCCCGGCAGCUGCGGGAACAAGUGAACGAUCUCUUUAGCCGCAAAUUCGGUGAAGCAAUUGGCAUGGGCUUUCCUGUGAAAGUUCCAUACAGGAAGAUAACCAUCAAUCCUGGCUGUGUGGUUGUCGAUGGGAUGCCCCCUGGGGUUGCCUUCAAAGCCCCCAGCUACCUGGAAAUCAGCUCCAUGAGAAGGAUCCUAGAUUCAGCAGAAUUUAUCAAAUUCACUGUCAUUAGACCUUUUCCAGGACUUGUCAUUAAUAACCAGUUGGUUGAUCAAACCGAAUCAGAAGGCCCAGUAAUACAAGAAUCAGCUGAUCCAGCCCAAUUGGAGGUUCCUGUGACAGAAGUAGAUAUAAAGGAAACGGAAGGAAGUUCUCAGAUCAAACAGGAACCAGAUCCAACGUGGUAGACCUCUUCAUUCCUAGGCACAGACUUGAGAAAUGGUGUCGUUUUCCAGCCACGGGAAGAUCUCUCCAGCUGGAUCCAUCUCCGCUUUGCAGUGAAGAAAACGCCUUCCGACGAUCGUUCAGUUCUUUAGUUUUUCUAUUUGAAAAAUCAUUUCACUGAUCUUUGGUUCCCAUUUCUCCUUUAACGGCUGAGUGGACAAUAGUAUAUGUAUAUUUGACUGGACUUUUUCCUACGCUAUCUAUCACGGUUCAUGUUUUUCAUAAAUAAAGCCAUCUGGUUCACCUGACAGUUAGUGAGAGGUCAGUAUCUCAGUGUGUGGAUAACAAUGAGCCCUCUUCCCAUUUUACUUAUUUUUGUCCAAAUAAAGAGUGCAUGAUGUAUCCGAAUAGUAGCACAGUUAAAUCAGGUAUGGAAAUUUGGGCAAGCUAAGUUAAGCGCCGGAGCCUCCCUGGAGCCUGACCUGCUACGGCUGGGAUGGAGUAGCGUGGGGGGAGGGCUGUUCAGCUUGGUGGGGUCUCGCCCUCGGGAGCCCCACGAGAACCAGCUCACCCGCCGCCAUGCUGUCUUCUCCCCAAGGUUGCCGCCGAAGCAGCCUUCCAGAGGGGCUUCAGUGUCAUGUCUAAGAGGUUUAGAAGCUAAUUACGCAUCCUCUGAUACCUUCCCCACACUUUGUAGGAGAAACUUUAAAUGUGUUGAAAUUUCACAAACAAAAUUGUAUGAUACCAGCUCUAUGAAAAGCUAGAAAAUGUGAUGGUUUAGAGUUUUCAUUAGCUUUGCCACAAUAUUCACAAUGGAAAAUUAUAUGACAUGGUAGCAGAAUAGACCUUUUAAUGUGUUGCUUAUAUUUUACCUCAAAUUAAAUUGUAGAUAUAGGGUAAUAAAUAAAAUUCAUCCAUGCCUUUCACACACUAA